GCUUGGCGUGACCAGUUUUCCUCCUUUCCUGGCUGCUAGUUUUUUUUUUUGCUGUCGUCAUCCCUUUCCCUACGCUUUAUUUUCUGUCCCUCCAUCACCUAACCUCUCACCUUUCACCUCCUCUCCAGCAACCCACAACAGCAAUCUGCAAGUCAAUACCCAGCUACGAAAUGUUGGAUCGAUUUCGAUAACGAACGACGGCGAUAACCCCUAAGAUGGUCAAGGCAACACACGAUAUAGAGUGAAGUGAUGGCGAAGGACGACGUGAACCGGUACCGACCGAGUCGAGAUGGACGAAAACGAUGCCAAAUACCGACGGGAACAACCACGAAAGACAACAAAGGCGGGCACCGAGACCCAUCAACGAGCAGAGCCUGCCUUGCUUUACCUGGACUGGCUUGACUCAAGCCGGCUGGCCGGAUACUGCGACGGCAUCAGCACGCACUCCGGCGGCGACAACAGCGUCACAGCACCUAUCCAUGGAGACUCGCAGGCCUGUGGACCUCGGAUACGGACUGGAAUUAUGGGCCGGGGGGCCUAGUCCGACUAGGCGUGCUGGCGCGGUUGGUUGCUUUUUAGGCUUUCCACUCAUUCAGACUGACUCCUCCUCCUCUCCUCCCGCCUCUCAUGAGCGUCUGACUCUGAUUGCCCUCGCUCGUUGGCGCACCAAGAUCGCCUCUGUUGCCCCAAUCGCAGUCGCGUAUCCCCGUCGCUCCUUAUCGGAGCGGGCACCACUAACUCUGGUUCUAGCCAUGCUCCGCCCUGUAAAACCCUUUGCUCGCCCCCCGUGGUACUUUUUUCUUCCAACCCAAACCAACCACCAACUCUUGCCUAACCACCAACUCGAUGGGACCCUGAAACACGCUCUGCCCCCUUCACUGACUGUUUUGUUCAGCCCACGUGCCCUCCUUGCCUGCGCGUCGUCACCCCAGCUUCUCGAGCAGGGUCAUUUGAAUCGCGCUCAUUUCACUGCGAUAGUCGUCUCGCAAGCGUCUCAUCAGCAAAGUCACCCCAUUACAUUACCUGCAACAAGAAAUAUGGCUCGGUCAAUAUGUCACGCGACUAAAUGGUUGCACAAAGCCUGAUUUAACGGACACUCCGCACAGAAAUUUUCUGAAUUUUGCCAUUCGCGCGUCCAGUCAGCAAGCGACAAGGAAGUAAAAGGCAGGUUAUGGGGUUUUCCUUUUUUCGUGCCCUCUCAUAUUGAGCCCCCAACCGCCCGCUGACUCUGUGAGUCAUUCAACUGUGGCCAACCAGGAUGCAGUUAGCCAGCAAACUGUCCCCCCUUCGCAGUGCUAGGGAGGCCGGAUCUGUGCGCCCACUGACUGACUUCUUGCAUCAUGUACUCAGUACAACGACUUGCUGGCACCAGCCAUAAAUGAUGCAGUCGUCAUGGUUGUUCACUUUCGGACGCUGAUGCAUUUUUUAUUUAUCGCGCUGCGGCUACCAACUUUUGCACCGUUUUCUUGUUAUGUAUGCGAGACUGAGCGUAGAGUGAUGCAUCCUUGGCUCCCGACACCCGGGCUAGACUUCGGAAGCCUGCAUGUCGUGACUCUUGGAAACCCCAGUCUGCAUUGAGGACACGUUCCAGGAUGCCACCGUCAAUUUGACACCCAGUGGUGACACGAAAAUUUUGAUUGUCAAGGAUCGCCAAGUAUGGUUACCUCUUACGAGAACGCGUCAAAUUACCGAGGGCUUGCUGACACAAGUACCUCACUAACAAUUUCCUGGUCCCCCGACUUAUCACAGUCCUAGCCUAGGUUUGGACAGAGAACUCCACAGACUGUUCAUCCUCAGAGGAAUCAACCAGCCUCAUUUGAUCUUCUUCAUAGUUCUACCAGGAUCCGCCAUGUCUCGCUAGCCCCCUUGACCCAUAGGCAAAUUUGGCUGGGGCAUGAAUCGACUCCGCACUGCAAGGUUUGCUUUGAACAAGAUUGCUCUUCUUUUGUGGGGGCGAUCGCAAAGCUAUCUCUAUUCAGUCCUUAUACCUGGAUCACAGAUAAGCCUUGAUGCCUUUUUCUCACACCUGAAUGGCUUGGAGUAUAUCUGUACUUAUGUACUCCGUACGGAGUAGUUAUCGGCGUCUUGCUCACAUACGUGAAUUAUUAGUCGUCCAGCAAUUGGAAUUGUCAUGUUGUUAUUCAAAGAAAUAUCCGCACAUGUCAAGAGACAUGUAGCCGCGGAAUCCGCAAGGACUAUAGUAGCUCUCCACAUUGGACGUUCUUGGCUUUCGCCAUUCCUCUUUGUUCACAUGCCGAUAAGCGCAAGUGCAUGCGGCUCAAGUGGCCUUCCUAUGGAACGACACCAUCUCUAUUGCUUCUAGCUGAAGAAUAAGCACCUCUGUGCUAUUGCAACACGCUUUCAGUCGCCCGCCAAUUUUAUAGAUCUUCACUCUGUACCAAAACUCAUAUUUUUGCAUUUAUACCUUGACUCCAAAUAUGCUCCAAAUGUCAAACCUUCCAUCUCUUACUCUCGGCCUUUAUAACAAUUGACUGUCCCCAACGCGCCAAUGAUGCAUAAAGGUAUAUAAACAAGGUAUCAUACAGAAUACAUAACGAAAAAGUGUGGCUUCCAAAAGGAUAAAUGUUUGGUUUCCUUAGGUCAUGUAGUAUUUGGGACCUUCACCUCCUUGAGGCACCUGCCAGUUGAUGUCCUGGUGAGGAGCCUUGAUAUCGCACGUUUUGCAAUGGAUGCAACUGUUCUGUUGUUAGAGUCUGUUCUCAACUCAAGAAAUAGGUAGCAAAAACUUUGGAACUUACUUCUGUGCGUUAAUUUGGAAGCGCACGCCGUGGGGCUUUGACUCAUCCUCAACAUACUCGUAAACACCAGCUGGGCAGAAUCGGUUCUCCAGACCCUUGAAAGGAGGGUAUGUUGACUCAGCG